UAUUGUGAACCUUCAAGAUUUGAAUCAGAGAAGGGAACUCUCCUCAUUCUUUCCUUUCUGAGUUUUUCUCCCUAUUUAUUCAUUUAUAGGCCAACUCCUUCGUCUUCUUCAUCAAAAUCUUAUCUUUUGCUGCGUUGAUUUUUUUCUGGUUUACAGUUGAAUUCUCUUCAACUCUUUCACUGUGCUGAAACUCAAAGCUUGUCGAGAUUUUUCUAAUUACAUUGUCAAAAGUGAAAGGGAAAUUCAAAUAUAUCUUUUGAAUGAUGGCUCGGAAGCAUUUGCACGAGUUACUUCAAGAGGAUCAAGAGCCAUUCCUUUUGAAGAAUUACAUUGCUGAUAGGCGUUGUCAACUCAAGAAAUCACCACCUAAAACUCAUCUUCAACUCCAUAAACCAAAACCCAUCUCUCAAAACUUCAAUUUUCCUUUAAAUUUCUGCAAAAAAGCUUGCCUUUUCUCUUUCCAUGACUCACCAGACUUGAACAAAUCUCCUUUGUUUCAACCUAUAACCCCCAACACCAAAAACACCAAUGGCACUGCUUUUGGGUUAUUUGGUUCCAUUCUAAAGAGGCUAACUCAUCGUACCAAAAACCCAAAGCCUGAAACAGCUACAAAAGGAUCAAAAGUUUCAGUGAAGGACAUUUUGAGGUGGGAUUCAACUGUGAGGAAAAACAAUGUAAUGAGUGAAGACAAGUGUGGUUCACGUUCUUACACUGAUAGGCCUACCAGUGAUGUUUGGUCCCAAAGCAAUGAAGAAAUGGACAUGGAUACUUCAUGUAGCUCUAGUCCAUCGGGGGAUUUUGAAGAGGUUUUCAUUUCCAAUGAAGUUGUGGGAAAUAACUCAGCUUUUGCUUCUUUUGAUAAGCACUUUUCUCAAAGCCCUUUACGUUUUGUGCUUCAAACUAGCCCUUCUUUCUCGCCUACAUCUCCCAGUCUCCAUGAAAGAAAGCAGGAGAAGGAAAAUUAUGAAUUAGAGAGCUUAAAAAGAUUUCAAGUUGAAGAACAAGAAGAAGAACAAUGCAGCCCUGUUUCUGUUUUGGACCGUCCAUUCGAGGAUGAUGACAGACAUGCGGAUGACGACGAUGGUGAUAGUGGGAUCGAUCGUUUCGAUCUUGAAUCCACCUAUGCAUUUGUACAAAGAGCUAAGCAGCAGCUACUGCAGAAACUUAUUAGAUUCGAGAAACUGGCCGAGUUGGAUCCUAUUGAGCUUGAGAAAAGAAUGUUAGAAGAAGAGCAAGAUGACCAAGACGACUCAUCUUCGUCACAAAGUGAAAUGAAUAUUGAUGGCAUGAAAAAGCUAGUAUCUGAUCUCAUUGCCGAGGAAGAAAUGAUGCAACAUGAUGGUUGCAUCGAUAAACAAGCAGCAGCAGAAAGGGUACGUAAAAGGUUGGAUUCAUGGAAAGAUGUAGAGUCGAACACCAUUGACAUGAUGGUGGAACAAGAUUUCAAAAGAGCUCAUAUGGAGGGUUGGAAGGGAAAUGAAGAAGAGGUUAGAGAGGCUGGAAUUGAAGUUGAAUGUGCCAUCUUUGGAUUACUGAUGCAAGAAUUGAUUGAAGAACUAGUUCUUUAAAUGGGAGGUUUUGAAUUUAAUGGCUAAAAUUUUUUGAAGCUUUAAUCAGUGGUUAAGGAUUGGAUCUUCAAUCUAGAUAUGAAGCAACUUUAAAACUUAUAGUUAACAUCUACUCUUUUCAUGGACCGACAGAAUGCGAAGGAUUAGUCAUUGGACUUGCUCUAGUGGAUACAUUAGGAAAUCAAAUAUUUUUUUUUUGAAGCUAAGGUGAUUCAUUUUUAGUUCUUUUAAAUCAUAUGUAUAUGUAAUAUUAUUGAUAUAUGUAUAUGGUGUAAUAUGGUGUAUGGAUCAUGGAUUUAAUGAGAUAACAUGUACAAUUUGUAGUUAGUAAUAUUAUAUUUUCUAGAUCAACAUUGA